CACGUCUCGGAUCCCGCUAACCUCCCCUCCUCCACACACACAUAAGCAUUGGUAGUAAAGAGAAAAAGGUGCGCGAGCAUCGUUCGGGUUCCAGAGGACUCAGCCAUUUCUCUCGUUAAGAAGAGCGUAGCAACGCGCAAGAGAAAGAGAGAGUGGUGUCUCUCUCGUUUGAAAAAAAGGUGUUUAAAUUGUUUUUUUUUUUAAUUUAAACGUUGCAAGGUGCGGGUAUACCCGAAAAUUUGUGCAAAAUAACGCGACGCAAAAGGAUGAUACACUCCGGGCGUACAAGGCUCGAGAAAAAAGUAAGUCGAGUGGGAGUAGGAGGAGGGGGUCAAAUUGUGCAAGGACUUCAAUCGGUCACCGAAACUGGAACCGGAAGUCAAUGGUGGAGACAACAGCAACCAUCCUAUCAUUAUCACCAUUAUCAUCAUCAGAGUGGUUAUUACACAUCGCAAUCGCAUCCUCACAACAACUCUGUCACUACCAUGAAGCAAUCCUAUAUGCAGCUAACGUGGAUUUUACACGACGACGAGGCGCAGAUUAACAAAAAACUGCCAAAGGAAUUGUUAUUAAGAAUCCUCUCGUAUCUCGACGUUAUAUCUUUAUGCCGAUGUGCCCAAGUAAGUAAAGCAUGGAACAUAUUGGCCCUCGAUGGUUCCAAUUGGCAAAGGAUCGACCUUUUUAAUUUUCAACGAGACGUAGGGGAAUCAGUAGUAAACAACCUUUCGGAACGUUGCGGUGGAUUUUUGCGACAAUUGUCACUGAGAGGAUGUAAAAGUGUCGGCAACGAUUCAAUGUGUAAAUUAGCCCAUGAUUGUCCCAACAUUGAGGAACUUAAUCUGAGUCAAUGUAAGAAAAUCUCGGAUGUAACUUGUGCGGCCCUCAGUAAACAUUGUAAAAAACUGCAACGAUUAAAUUUGGAUUCAUGUCCGGAAAUAACGGAUCUUUCGUUGAAAGAUCUAUCGGAUGGUUGUCGUAAUUUAACGCACAUCAAUUUAUCAUGGUGCGAAUUACUUACCGACAAUGGAAUCGAAGCAUUGGCAAGGGGUUGUAAAUUAUUACGUAGCUUUCUAAGUAGGGGUUGUCGUCAAUUGACAGACAAAGGUGUCAAAUGUUUAGCCGAAUACUGUCGACAUCUUGAAGCCAUUAGUCUACACGAAUGCAGGAACAUAACAGACAACGCGGUAAGAGAACUAAGUGAAAAGUGUCCAAAAUUACAUUAUGUUUGUAUAUCGAAUUGUCCUAAUUUAACGGAUGCAUCUCUCAUAACUUUGGCUCAACACUGUCCACUUCUUAGUAUUCUCGAAUGCGUUUCUUGUACUCAUUUUACAGACGCAGGUUUUCAAGCUCUCGCGAGAAAUUGCAGAUUACUCGAAAAGAUGGACCUCGAAGAGUGCCUUUUAAUAACAGAUGCCACCCUUAUACACCUGGCUAUGGGUUGUCCAAGAUUAGAGGAGCUGAGCCUGUCCCAUUGCGAGCUGAUCACUGACGAAGGGAUUCGGCAGCUUGCUCUUUCACCAUGUGCUGCGGAACACUUAGCGGUAUUAGAACUGGAUAAUUGUCCUCUGAUAACGGACGCCAGUCUCGAUCAUCUUUUACAGGCCUGCCACAAUCUAGAACGAAUUGAACUUUACGACUGCCAACUGAUCACUAGAGUUGGCAUACGUAGAUUAAGAACACACUUGCCGAAUAUCAAAGUACACGCAUACUUUGCACCAGUUACGCCACCUCCUAAUUCGGGAGCACCCCGACAACGAUAUUGUCGAUGCUGCGUCAUUCUGUGAUUUAUCAUUAAAAUGAUACUGAAGUAAAUCGUCCUUAUGAUCUAACUAUUGAAGAAGACGUCGUUUCAAAUGACGUUGACUUUUCUCGGUGGUCGUUGUUAACGUUUAACAACAGCGAUUAUGGGACCCUUUAUUGUGGUUACCGGAGAACAAUGAUGGAAUCCUGGUUGCCUAUCUUUGACAAUGAGUGUGAAACUCAUUGUCUAUUUAUAAAUGACUAUUUCAAACGUUUUCAAUUAAUUCGAGCUCCACACACGCAACGAGAGAAAUAGAA